CAACAACACUGGUUGAAAUCGAUAAUUACACAUGCAUAGGAGCAGAGCAAUAACAGUACAUGGUAUUUGGAGUCUAAAAGGGAAACCUCAAGAAGAACUAUUAUACUUACAAACAUAAAGUAAACUGCAACCAGUCCACAGGGUAAAAACCUUAACCAACUCUCACAGAGGUGAAGUAUCCAAGUCCGAAAUGCCUCAAGAUGUUUUCUCACCGCUACUGAUCCAUCUGCUGUUCCUAUCUUUGUUUGGGACAUCCCAAUCCUGCCUGCAGGACCCUGCUUCAGCCUACAGAUUCACCGGAGCUGUAUGUCGCCUCACCUACCCUGCAGCUCUUGUAUUGAAUGAGAAAACCACUAAAGUGAUUGAGGCAGCAUUUCAACAUGCCAGGUACCCCAGUGUGAAGGGAGAGAAAUCCCUGAGCUUUAUAGGAAGAGUCAUGUAUGGCCUGGACAAUUUGGAGAUUCACAACCUGUCGAUUGGUCAAAGUGCAUUUCAACUACGUCCAGGUGAAGGAAUUGUUUUGGAAAUAAGCAAUGUGUCUGCAGUCUUCAGAGGGAGCAUCCAGUAUGGAUACGGCAACUGGCUUGUCAACGUUGCACAAUCAACUGACUUUGAAAUUGAAUCUCAGAUCGAUCUUGGGAUCAAUCCCAGACUCUAUUGUGGAGAAGGGAAGGUAGCAGCAGACACAUCGGACUGUUAUCUUAAUUUUCACAAGCUCCGUCUGCAUCUGCAAGGCAACAAAGAACCAAACUGGCUGAAGAAGCUCUUCACUGACUUCAUCACCUUCACUGUCAAACUGGUCAUAAAGAGACAGAUUUGUAAGGAGAUCAACAAGGUGGCUAAUAUACUGGCUGACUUCAUACAAGAUACAGCAGGGCAGUUCCUCAGUGAUGGAGAUAUCAAUAUGGACAUUGGUGUAACUGCCGCUCCUGUCAUCACUGCUAACUAUAUUGAAUCAUACCACAAGGGGCUGACCAACUACAAUAAUGCUUCCGCUGUCAUCAAUGAUUCUGUCUUCCACCCCAGGCAGCUGACGGAAAACAAGAUGCUUUACUUUUGGAUCUCAGACCAGGUCUUAAACCCCAUGCUUACUACUGCCCACCAAGAUGGCCGUUUCCAACUCAACAUCUCUGGAGCAGAGCUAACUGAACUUUUCAAGACAAAUCUCACCAGUGCCAUGCCUGACUUCCUUCGAAAGUGUCUGCUAGAAUCAGGUUCCCCAGAGCUGAGAGUCUGGAGUUCCUCUGUUCCCUACCUAAACACCUCCACCUUGGGUACAACUGUCUGGGGGAAGGCCUCUGGGCAGCUUCACUGUGGGAGUCAAGAAACACCAACACUCUCCUUUCAAACGGAUGUGGCCAUAGACGUCACCGUUUCCUAUACUGACAAGAAACUUUUUCUGCAUGGUAACCCGUCAGAGAUCGUUGUAUUGCAAGCUGAGCCUACCUUACAACAUCAACCACUCCUAGAUGAGGCACAACUGGAGUUCAUGAGAGAAGCUGUGGAGAAGAUAGGCACUCCCAAGGUCCUGUCUGUUCUGGAGGUUGAGCUUACCAGGCUGUUGGACAAACAGGGGACCAACCUAUUUGACAUCAUUAACCCAGAGGUGCUUCCACUGGAUGGCUUUGUGGUGAUUCAGAUGGAUUUUGGUUUCCCUCAUCACCUCCUGGUUGAGUUCCUCAAGAAGACACUACAGUAAUUGAGCACCCGUGAGCAAUUUGGGCCAGAUUUGGUGUUGCUUGCAAGGAAACUGUACCUCUUAAAAUAAUUAUCAACAUUUCAAGCCAU